CUGCAAGUUUAGGUUUUGAUAUAUUGUUGAAAGAUUGUAAGACAUGGAUCCUGCAAGUGAACAAAACAGGUUUGAAACUGAAAAUGCCGCGGCUGAGGACUAUAGUGCUACUGCUACUUCGUUUGCUCCUAGUCCCUAUAUGUCCCACCAAAAUCAAUUCAUCAAUCCAACCCAAUUUCAGUUUCCGUCCCAUUUCCCUCACAAUAUUCAUGGUAAUUUAGGACCUGGCUAUGGGUUCCAAAGUAUGAUGAGUGCUGCUGUUUCUUCGACACAACCACAAAGCUUUCCUCCUCCGCAAACACAGACUCCUGUUUACCCUUCACAAGCACCGGACGUUGGCAAUCAGUCCAAAAAGAAACGAAAAAGUAAUCCUUCAACAACUCAAUCAGCCAAUCCUCCUCGGCGGAUUUGGACAACUGAAGAAGACACUGCACUAGUGAAGGCAUAUCUGUACAUUAGUGUUGAUGCAAUAAUAGGAAGGGAGCAGUCAGGUGGCACAAUGUGGAAUCGGAUCUUGAAAGUUUGGAGAGAAAAUAUGGGAACUUAUGAUGAGGACCGCAAUCCUAAUGCUCUAUCGUGCCGAUGGGGUAUCAUGCAAGCUGCAGUUAACAAGUUUCACGGACAUUAUGAAUCACUCAACAGAAAUCCGAAAAGCGGAACUUCAAUCGAACUUAUGAAAAGUCAAGCUUUAAAAAUGUGCAAAACGUUGGAGGGAACCACAUUCAGGUUUGAGCAUUGUUGGGAGGUUAUGAGAAAAAAUCCGAAAUGGUGUUCUCAGCAGCUUACAAAGCCUGGCUCCUCAAAGAAAGAUAAACCAGUAGAUGUCAUCAAUCUCGACACUCUAAAGGAACCAAUUACAUCAACUGAAGGAAGUGAGGACAACAAAAGUGAGGGUGUUCCUCGCCCAGAUGAAGGAAGAAAGUUGAGUAAGGAGAAUGCUAAGAAAGCCCAUGAACAGAAGGGAGUGAUUGGAUUUUUGACCAAGCAUUUUAUCAAACAAUUAGAAGUAAGACUUAGUGAAUCUGUUCCAAACUUAAUCACAAUGGAUCAGCAGCCACAACAGAUAAAUUCCUUACAACAUUAA